AUGAGCGACGCGAGAAUGUUUAUCAAAACCGAACCUGACGAGCACAACAGUGACCAGAACCAAUUCAUGAUGUCGCAGUCCGGAUACUCUAUGCCUAACCAAUUCGGGAACCCUAAUGAUGGGAUUGACCCUUCGGACUUGACCAACGGCGGAUUUAUGGGAGGAUUUGGGUUCGGCUCUCAGCAGAACAUGUCAUCCAGCUUUAACUUCGGAAACUCAGGCAUCGAUACCGAUGAGUUGUUGGAUCUGGAGAUCCACGGACAGAACGGCAUUCAACAGAACUACAUCCCGGAACACCCAUCGAGCGCGGGCAUUCCUAUGAGUCAUCAAAGCCACAUGUCGCAGAUGUACUCAAAUACUCCGGAUGGUGGUCCCAUGCACAGCCCAUUCAUGCAGAGCAGCUUCAACUAUGAUCAUUUCCGCGGCGUGAACCAAGGGCAGAUGAACUCUUCCCAUAUCCAGAGCCCUGGGUCCCACCUCGAGCAGAGUUACCUCAACUCCAAGGCUCGACCGAGCAUGCCAGCUAUGGAUCGCGCAUCAAUGGAUGCCCGUAGCCCCAUGACCCCCAAAACUCCCGCUCUUGGUGGACUAGCUCUUGGAACCCCCGAAUCCGGAAGCUUUCCCACUCAGCCUAUCCGGACAGGCCUGCAGCACCGACACCAGAAGAGCCUCUCAAAUCAAUGGGAUGGCACGCCUGGAAGUGCCCAGUCAUAUGCCGAGUCUCCUAUUUCGUCCCCAGGUCACCCAUCUCAUCACGCCGCCAUCUCUGAAAUUCUCAAAUCUGGAAAGCAUGCCUCCUUGCCGGCCAAGGUUGAUGCUCACUUGCCUGGAGGUGCCCAGGAUUUGGAGUCCCAGGAAGCCAAGCGCCGGCGUAGGAGAGCUUCACACAAUUUGGUUGAGCGUCGACGACGCGACAAUAUCAAUGAGCGCAUUCAAGAUCUCUCCCAUCUCGUUCCCCAACAUCGCCUGGAAGAUGACAAGGUCCGCAAACAACUUGUCAACAACACUGGGCUUCCUGGUUCAGGCAAUAACGCGGCUACGUCACUUUUGGCUGGUGGGACAGGUCGACGUGCUGCUGGUAACAUUACCAUGGGACUGCCUAUUGAAGAGAAAGAGAAGGGCCCCAACAAGGGAGACAUUCUGAAUGGCGCUGUUGGUUGGACGAGGGAUCUCAUGUGGGCUCUUCACGUCAAGAUCCAACAAGAAGCCGAGCUCGCCGAGCUGAUCAGCAGCCUUGGUGGCACCUGGCCGUUUGAGCAGACCGAGGAGGAGAAACGUAUGCGCACCGAAAUUCUAGAUGCGAUUGAGAAGAACGACCCGAGCUCCUUCCACUACAGCCGUGCGCCGGGCACUGGCCUGCGAGUUCCCAAACAUACGAACAUAGCCGGAGAUGCCGUUUCGAACGGUGCUUUGAGCCCCCAGAGCCUCAGCCCCCCAUUUAGUGGCAACAACAACGGGCAGACGCAGUACUGGAAUUCGUCCGGGCAUGCAGGUAUGAGCUUCAAGGAGGAAGAUGAGUACGCUAUGGAGAUGAACUAG